AUGGAUACUGUUGGAAUAUUGAUAUGCUACAAUGGAAGUUGGGUUAAGAAGGAUAACAUUGAGAGUUACGAAGGUGGGGAGGCUAAAGGCACAAUAGUGUCACGGAACGUAACGUUUUCCGACCUUGUUCAGCGCAUUUAUAAGAUCAUGGAUGCAAAUCCCACGAAAUAUAUUGUCACACUGAAAUAUUCAGUUCCUGUAUCCUCAUCUGUCUGUAAGCAUAUAAGGGUUGAAGACAAUGAUGAUGUUAAAUAUUUUGUAAAGUACAACACAGAUGUUAUGGCCUCUAAAGUAACCCCUUUAGUAGCAAGCUUGAAAAAUAUUGAAGGUCAUGGUAUUGAAGGGUGCAAUGGCAUUGUAAGCGUUGAGAGUAGCAAUGCUCCUGCUGACUUUGUUGUGGAACAAAGAAAUGUGGUAAUUCGGGACAAUGAAACUGAAAAUGGUGGGAAUGAUUUUAAUUGGUGUGAUUGGGUUGAAGAAGUGAAUUUUGAAAGUGGUGAAAACAUAGUUGCUGAUUUCAAUGAACCUAGCAACGAAGAGGAACCGCAGUCUGCUCCGAUUCUGCAUCCUCAUGAGGACAGCAAUGUCAAACCGUCCACUGUGCAAUGUAGACAGGUGCAAUCCGAACCUCCCCGACAAUCAAGUUCGACUGAAAUGCAUACAAGUCGGGGUGAUUUGAAGCAUGGUCAGAGUUUGGAAUAUAUUCAGUAUGGUGGAGGCGUUUCGUGCAUAAAUUGGGAAGCAAAUUUGAAGAUUUCAGAUUCGCGCAGCAUUUAUACAGCAGCUGAUAUCAAGAAAGAUGUGAAACAAAAUUUCGGUGUGAGCAUAAGCUACUCUACAGCGUGGAGAAGCCGAGAGUUAGCUUUCAAAAGAAUUAGAGGGUCUGCAGAAGAGUCGUAUUCCCUUCUCCCUUCCUAUUGUUAUGAAUUGGAGCGUACAAAUCCGGGAACUUUGACAUACAUUGAGACUGAUGCAGCUGAUCACUUCUUAUAUUUUUUUAUGGCAAUUGGUGCAUGCAUACGAGGAUUUAAGUCGUCAAUGCGGCCCGUGAUUGCUGUUGAUGCUACUCAUUUGAAGUGCAAGUAUAGAGGUGUUUUGUUUGUUGCGACCGCAUUUGAUGGAAAUCGGAACAUAUAUCCUGUUGCCUUUGGGAUUGGAGAUUUGGAGACGGAUGCAGCUUGGGAGUGGUUUUUGAGAAAACUACAUUGUGCAAUUGGUGAUUGCUCGAAUCUCGUUGUUAUAUCAGAUCGCAAGGUUAGCAUACAGAAUGGGUUGCGUAGAGUUUUUCCUGGGGCAAGCCAUGGUAUUUGCUUUUAUCACUUGAAAGGCAAUAUCAAAGCCUCAUUUAAGUUGAAGCAGCGGGAUCCGAUAUUGGGGUAUUUUGUAAGGGCAGCUAAGUCUUAUCGUCUAGCGGAGUUCAAUCGUCACUUUUCCAGGAUAAACAAUGACCGAGUGCGAACUUAUUUACUACGUGCAGGCGUCCAGAAGUGGUCUCGGGCCCAUUGUGAUGGACGACGAUAUAAUGUGAUGACAACGAAUAUUGUGGAGUCCAUUAAUUCAGUUCUUCGGUUUGCAAGGAUGCUUCCGGUGCUACACUUGAUUGACGAAAUUACAAAUCUACUUGUCUGUUGGUUUAGGCAACGUCGAGAGUUAGCAAUGAAAUCUCAUUCUACGUUGUGCCCUGAUUUAGGGGAAAUUAAGUUAAGGAAGAGGUUAGACGCUGCGUCAAGGAUGAAUGUGGUCAAAAUCAAUGAGGUCGAGUAUAAUGUUCUGGAUGGUGAUUUGAACGGUCUGGUGCACUUGCAAAACCGUAGUUGUACAUGCAGGAAGUUUGACUUGGAGCAACUCCCGUGCAAGCACGCUAUUGCGGUAUGUCGGCACUUGAAAUUGAACCCCUACUCCUUUGCCUCUUCUUAUUAUACACGAGCUACAUGGGCAGCUGCAUAUGCUGAAUCUAUUUAUCCUGUACCACCUGAAGGCACAUGGGUUAUUCCCCAAAAUGUGAAGAAGGUCAAAAUCCUCCCUCCUCUUUGUAAGGUUAUGCCGGGCCGUCGCAAAACGCAAAGAAUAGCUUCGAGAGGAGAGGAGUCCCGUCAAAAAAAAUGCUCAAGGUGUGGUGUGAAGGGCCACUACCGAAGUACAUGCAAACAAUCUGUCCCUCUCACCAACAAGCAGCACGUUGCGUAG